AUGUCCGCUCUCAUGGGCUUCCGCUCCACUGCGCAUUUGAGCCACCUCAGGACGGUGAAGACCCUGGAGCAGCUCGGCGCCCACCUGAGCUCUUCGGCCACGGCAGGUCGGGAGGAGAUCGCUUAUCAGGUCCAGCUGCAGCGUGAAUACAUGCCCCUUGCCGUGCCGCUGAUGGUCGGCAACGUGCUUUUCCCACGCCUGCUGCCGUGGGAGGUGAAGGCCGCCCAGUCCGACGUACCCACCUCGAAGCAGGCGCUGACCAAAGACGCGGACACAAUGGUCAGCGAGUUGCUCCACAAGGCCGCCUAUUGCAACAACACGCUGGGCCUCAGUCCCUUUGCCAGUGAGCGGUCCAUGGGCUACUUCACGCCGGAAACAAUCCGCACUUACAUGCUGGACCAUUUCGCUCCCGAGCGAAUGGUUUUCGUUGGUGUCAACGUUGACCACGCCGAGCUCUCCAAGUGGGUCAUGCGUGCCUUCGCGGACUAUAACGCCAUUCCCCUGAAGAAGCGCGAGGAGAAGAAGGCGCAGUACACGGGUGGCGACAUGCGCCUCGAGGGAGCCUCCCCGUACUGCCACCUGGCGCUCGGGUUUGAAUCCACGGCCUUCGGACAAACCGAGCUGGCCCCUGUUGCCCUCGUCCAGGCCCUGCUGGGCGGAGGCUCCGCAAUCUACAGCGGCAUUGGCUCCGGGGUCACUUCCCGGCUUUCCACGCAGGUGCUCAGACAGAGCCCCUACGUCGAAUCAUGUUCAGCCUUCAACACCUCGUACUCGGACUCCGGCCUCUUCGGCGUCUACGGCGUCUGCCAGCCCGAGAAGGCUUCCGAGAUGGCCAUGGCCAUGGCAUCUGCCCUCAAGGGCCUCUCCAGCGUUAGCAAGGAGGAGCUGGCAAAGGCCAAGGCGAUGUUGAAGGGGAAGAUGUUCCGCCAGGCAGACGACGACAGUGAGCUGAUGCAGGACAUGGGCCAGCAGGUCUUGCUCACUGGCAAGUACGGUUCGGCGGCCGAGUUCGGGAAGAUCAUCGACGGCGUGACGGAAGCGGAUGUCACGGCUGCCGCCAAGAAGAUCCUGGGAUCGAAGCUUUCGCUGGCAGCCUACGGCGACGUCCACUCGGUGCCCCACUACGCGGCGAUCGAGGCGGCCCUGAAAUGA